UGAAAUGAAUUUAAUAAAUUCGGCUGCUUGCUGACAACUGGAGAAAUCGAAAACACGCGUGAAUUUUUUGGAAAUACUAACAUUUAUCUAUCUAAAGAAAGGAAAGACUUGUUGAUCGAAGAUUAUGUCUUAAAACAUUUAAAUUACUUUUGUGUGAAUAAUUUUUCUUUAUGUUUAUGGAAUAACUAGUUUCAUAGUAUCAAAAUGAUACUCUUUGGUAUUUUAGCAAUUGUCUUCCAUACUAUAUUCUUAUAUUCAGUAUUUGAUAUCUAUUUUAAAUCCCCUAUUAUCCAUGGCAUGACCCCAUAUUCUACACCUCUUUCACCUCCUGCUAAAAGACUUGUUCUCUUUGUUGCUGACGGUCUCAGGGCAGAUAAAUUUUUUGAAGUCAAUAAUGCUGGUGAUACUAACUCUCCAUUUUUAAGAGAAAUAAUAACUAAUGUUGGAGCUUGGGGUAUAUCUCACACACGUGUUCCAACCGAAUCUCGUCCUGGCCAUGUGGCUCUUAUUGCUGGAAUUUAUGAGGAUGUCAGUGCUGUUACCAAAGGAUGGAAGGAAAAUCCUGUUGAAUUCGACUCAGUCUUCAAUGAGAGCAGGUAUACGUGGGCCUGGGGAAGUCCAGAUAUUUUGCCAAUGUUUAGUAAAGGAAAAAAGAAAAAUGUUCUCAUCGAUAUGUAUUCUCCAGCUGAAGAAGAUUUUGCUUCUGCAACUCCACAUCACCUAGAUGAAUGGGUUUUUAAAAAACUUGAGGAAUUUUUGGAAAAGUCAAAAACUGAUUCAGCAUUGAGAAGUAUGUUGGCUCAAGAUAAAAUUAUCUUUUUCUUGCAUCUGCUGGGAAUGGAUAUUAGCGGUCAUUCAUAUAAGCCUGGUUCCCAAGAAUAUAUAAGAAAUAUUAAAGUAGUGGAUUCUGGGAUUGAAAAAUGUGUCGGUUUGAUUGACAGCUAUUUUAAUGAUGGCAAAACUGCUUAUGUGUUCACAUCAGAUCAUGGAAUGACUGAUUGGGGUUCUCAUGGUUCAGGUGAUACUCAAGAAACCUACACACCUUUUGUUGCAUGGGGAUCUGGAAUCAGAGGUCCUAUGGGUGAAGGCAAAGAUAUUUAUCAUGAUGGAUUGUCUGAAGAAUGGAAACUUGCCCAGAUUAAAAGAAUCGAUAUCAAUCAAGUGGAUAUUGCUCCUUUGAUUUCCACUUUAAUUGGAAUUCCUUUCCCUAUUAACUCAUUGGGAAUCUUACCUGUUGAAUAUUUAGACACAGAGUGGCCUCAUAAAGCCCUCUCUUUAUUAACAAAUGCUCGUCAAAUUCUUGCUAAUUAUCAAAGACAGAUGCAGUUGAAGAAAGAAAAUACAAUACCAUUAUUCUUUUGGAGCUUUAAAGAUCUUUCGACUGCUCGUCAGGGAGAACUUAUGGCAAUGGUGGACACUCUUUUGAAGCAAAAUCGAUAUAAGGAUGUUAUUCAAGUGGGUUUAAAAUUAAUUGAAUUGGCUCUAAAAGGGUUAAAUUAUUACCAAAGACAUGACAGAAUAGCACUCUGCAUAAGUAUAUUUCUUGGCUUUAUUGGAUGGAUGAGUUAUGUCAUCGUGCUGCUAAUGAGAGAUUAUACAAACUUUGGUCACAAAUCCAUUGAAUCAAGUAUUAUAAACGAGGAAGAAAACUUCUUUACUGUCAAAUGUGUUCUAUCAUAUGGUUUUAUAGGAUUUCUCAUAUUUUUCCUCCUGUAUGUUCAAAAUUCUCCUUUCAUGUACUACAUUUAUUUCUUGAUUCCUGUUUUCAUCUGGCUUAUGGUCAAUUUGAACUUGGAAAUAUUUUACUCUGCCAGAUUGCAUCUUGAACGUCGAAAUACAUUCUACAAAUUCAUUGGCUUUUUAAUUAUCAGCUUAAUUGGAAUGGAAUUUUUGGUUAUUUCUUUCUUCAAAAGAGAAAUACUGUCUUUCAUUCUUUGGGCUAUUGCUUUUUGGCCAUUCAUGUCUUCUGAGUUGCAUUGUCCUAAAAAACUUAGUCUCGCAUGGUGUUUAAGUUCUUUUGCACUAUCAAUAUUUCCUAUGAUGCCUGUCAUUGGAAAAGAUACUCAUUAUAACUCUGUGCUCUUAGCUGGAUGGUUGUUUGUGUUUGCUGUUGCUUUCUGUGCUAGAAGGCCAGAAACUGGAUUAAUUUUCAAUAAUCGAUUGUCUAAAAGAGAGCCCCAUAGAAUUGUUGUUUUAACUGCAAUGCAGGUAGUGAUCCUUUGCAUUUCUACCUUUACUGUACAAAGUACUUCUCAAAGUAUAGCCAUGAAAACUGGCCUACCAUUUAUAAAUCAAGCAGUAUCCUGGCUCAUAUUAGGUGCAUCUCUAUUGCUUCCGUUGUUUGGUUCUCAAUCAACACUAACGCGUCUCUUAAAUGUUUCCACUUCUUUAUUUGCCCCUUAUAUACUUCUAAGCAUUUCUCAUGAGGGAUUAUUUUGUUUCCUACUUUGUAUCCAAAUGGCAUUGUGGCUUACACUUGAGCACUUGGGCUCUUGCAAUUAUGUGAAGUUACAGGACAUGUGCUUUACACAUACUGCUACUGACUUAUCCAGAAAAGCAUUAAGUAAACAAAUAUCUUUUGGUGAUUUGAGAAGAGCUUACUUUUUUAUGUUUUUCAUUUUACUAUCCUUUUUUGGUACUGGAAACAUUGCAAGCAUCAAUAGCUUCAAUCCUACGAGCAUUUAUUGCUUCCUCACUGUGUUCAAUCCAUUUGUUAUGGGCAUCCUCAUGCUUAUAAAGAUUCUCAUACCAUUUCUAAUCGUCAGUUGUGUUUUAAGAGCAAUUAACAUAAGUCUAAAGGCAUCACCCAGAGCACUCUUCUUACUAGUGCUGCUCAUGGGAGAUUUUCUAGGUUUGCAUUUCUUUUUUAUGGUUAAAGACAGUGGCAGCUGGUUGGAUAUUGGAACUUCUCUGAGCCAUUUUAUUAUUAGCAUGACAAUGGUUAUUUUCAUAAUGUUCUUGUAUGGAAUUACUUGGGUACUUACAUCUGUGUCUUUAACGUUGCCAUCUUUUAAAAGAAAACGACACUUCUUAUGAUUAUUGAUUAUGCUAAAUGAAAAUAUUUUGUAAUAUCAUUACUCACUUGAUAUUUGGAAAUAGCUCAAUACUUGGGCACUUCUCAAAAUGUGGGAACAAUAAUGUUAGCAACAGCUAAUUACGAAUUUAAUUUAUGUUCUAUGCACAACAAUAAUGUUAACAACAGCUAAUUACGAAUUUAAUUUAUGUUCUAUGCACUAAAUAUUUUUUACUUAUGCAAUAAAUUUUUCUUUUUAAAUAAUUAAUAACUUUGAAUAUCAGAUUAAAAUUACAAGAAAAACUAUUCCUCCAUUAUAUGAUUUAGACAAUGCUAUAUUCACGUGUUAGAAAAUGACAUUUUAUUAGAGAAAUAUUUUAUAAAAAUAUUUAAAAAAAUAUUUUAAAAAUUUAAUAAAUAAGUUUAAGGGACUAGCAUCAAAACACUUAUUUGCUUUUUUAAAAACACUUCCUGACAGUAAAAUAUAUUUUAUUAUUGCUGCAUCUUUAAGGGUGUUAUCAAGUAACUGUCCUUUUUAAACUCUAUAUUCUUAAUCUUGUUUUUAAUGAUCAAAACGCUAUGUUUCUAAAACAAUUUGUAAUAAUUUCACUAAAUAGAAUUAUAAUUUAUUCAUGGUGCAUAGCGUUUUUAAAAAGUACUUAAAGGUGCUUAUUUCCAACUUUCAUUUUUUACAAGCCCUUAAAGGUGGUUUUUUCAUUGGGUGUUUUUAAAAAGUACUUACAUUUUUUCCUUACCAUGUCGAUUUUCGCCAUGUAUUAAGCAAAAGCAUGCUUUUUACAGUGUUCAAUUCAACGUUUUCACAAUUCAUUCACUCACCAUCUAUUUCAGCGUCCGCGUAUGAAAGCGCCAAUAAUUUUACGUGUUUGAUGAAAUCCUUGAAAGUCCAUAUGUGCGUCUGCUGAGCUAGGGGGUAUGAUGAGAUUCUUGCACUCCCAUGUGCAACUCUGCUGCAUUUUGAAAGAUAUUCUCAAUUUCAGAAUGCAUUUUCAACUGUCUGAUAUCGAACAGAAAAACUUCAUCUUUUUAUAAUGACUAAUAUAAUCAAGAAAAGAUUUAUUUGUCAGAAACUGGUUGUUUUAUCAUGAUCAUGUAAAGUCUUUGAAAAUUAUUUUGCACUUUGUCAAUGUAUAUAGUGCUUAAAAAUAUUUGAGUACUUAAAAAGUACUUAAAAGGUGCUCAUUUUUUGUUGAAAGAUUUGGCUAUGCAAUUUUAAUUGACAGAAUUUAAAAUUAAGAUCUGUGUUAUGCUCCCUUUGAGAACUGCCCACUUACAUCUAAGAUCGAUGAAAAAUUCUCUUAUUAUUCUAUAUAUUGAUUUUCCAAAACCGUAUGUUCCAGCUUUAUUUUGCCAUU